GGGGUGCGCCGGCGUCCUGGCGCAGCUCCGCCCCCUCACGUUGGGCGAAUCCAUGGAAGUCCUCGUGGAGCUCGACUGCCAGAUCGCUGACGACUGUAUCGACUCCCGCUGUGUACCGAGGUUGAACAACAUGGAAUGGAACGUGACAACGCUGCAAACAAAUGAUCUGAGGCAUCAUAUCCUGUCCCAGUCAGCGUAUGCUGUUCGACGCAUCGCAAAAGCCAUGGCCAGCAGAGUGAAUUGUGAGUGGUGGCGUCAUGUUCAGUUUGAGUGGAGGGAUAAACCUGAACUGCAGGCCCAGGCGGCUGUUUUCCGGGAACGACUCUCCACCUACUGGCGGGACUUGGCGCAGCUGCUCUCACUCGAUGCGACCCUCGCCUCGCAGCUGUUGGUUCCCCUCGCAUUCGAACGAAUGGGUAACCACGCAAGUGAUCAGCAACUCCACGGUUGGAUUAAGGACAUGGAACGUGUGAAAAACAUGCUGCGCACGAAAUUAACCGGAUGGGUACAUGACAUGCAAUUCGCCAGCAAACAGGUGGAGCACUACGAGGUGGAAGAAGACAAGGACAGGCCAGGGCACUUGAUACUCAGGCGGCCGCUGUUGAGUGAACGCCUGCUGCCCUAUCAGCCGUGGAGCUUCUCCUCUGACGACGACUUCAGUGCGCUGUGCGAGGAGCGGCAGCCAGAGGCGUCGCAAAUGUUCAGUCUCGCUGAAGAACUGUCCGCCCUCCAUCGUGUCUACUGGGUCACUGCAGCUGACUACAUCGAUUCAUUCUACGAUGAUGGUUUCAAGAUUGUAGACGAGGAGUGGCAGCUGGAGGACAGAAGCCACGCUACGCUCUCCGUGAACACUGACUGCGUGCAGCUGUUGGUGAACGCCCUGGACCACCCCACGUGUCCGCUGGAAGACCUGCCACUGGAAGCCGUUAAGCAGCGCGAGCAGUGCCGCGAGCAGCUGUGGGACGACGUGGUGCAGAGGUCGCCCCACAUACCCGUCACCAGCUACCUGGCCUACACGCAGAGGAUAAACGUCAACCUCUGUCUGCUCGCCUGGAUGGCGGUCAACUCAUGUAUUCUUGUGUUCGCCAUCUCAGGCUUCCUAACCAGCUACUACCUGCUGAAGUAA